AUGGAGGAGAACCCUGUUCGAGACGGCGACACUGGCAGUGACACUGGAGCAGAGGAUGCUUUGGUGGGGAAUGUCAACAAGCUGACAGUGAGCCCUCCUGGUUUCUCGGGAUCGCCACGGAAAGGUCAUCUGAUUUUUGAUGCUUGCUUUGAGAGUGGAAAUCUGGGUCAUGUGGAUUACAUCAGUGAUUUUGAGUUCGACCUCUUCAUUCGGCCUGACACCUGCAACCCACGCUUCAGAGUCUGGUUCAACUUCACUGUGGAGAAUGUCCGAGAAACACAGAGGGUCAUCUUCAAUGUCGUCAACUUCUCCAAGACCAAGAGCCUCUACAGAGAUGGGAUGUCUCCUGUUGUCAAGUCAACCAGUCGGCCAAAAUGGCAGAGGCUCCCUCCUAAAAACGUGUAUUACUACCGCUGUCCUGAUCAUCGUCGCAACUACGUAAUGUCCUUUGCCUUCUGUUUUGACCGUGAGGAUGAUGUGUACCAGUUUGCCUACUGCUAUCCCUACACCUACUCCAGACUGCAGCACUACCUCGGCAGCCUGGAGCGCAGGAACCUGUCCUACCUGAAGAGGGAGCAACUUGGCCUCAGCGUGCAACAGCGACGUCUAGACCUACUGACCAUCACCAACCCAGACCACCUGAACCAGGAAAGAGAGAAGAAACUCGUUUUCCUGACGGCAAGGGUGCACCCUGGAGAGUCUCCUGCCUCUUUCGUCUGUCAAGGUGUGAUUGACUUCCUGGUGAGCCAGCACCCAGUGGCUCAGAUCCUUCGGGAUCAUGUGAUCUUCAAAAUCGUCCCCAUGCUAAAUCCGGACGGAGUUUACCUUGGCAACUACAGGUGUUCACUGAUGGGCUUUGACCUAAAUCGUCACUGGCAGGACCCCUCUCCAUGGGCCCACCCAACACUACACGCUGUCAAACAACUCAUAGUCCAGAUGAACCAAGACCCGAGGGUGAGCUUGGAGUUCUACAUCGAUGCCCACUCCACCAUGCUCAACGGCUUCAUGUACGGCAAUGUUUUUGAAGAUGAGGAGCGCGUCCAGAGACAGGCCGUGUUCCCCCGACUGCUGUGCCAAAAUGCUCCAGACUUCUCCUUUUCAAACACAUCCUUUAACCGGGACGUGGUGAAGGCCGGGACGGGCCGCAGGUUCCUGGGUGGUCUCCUUGACGACACGUCAUACUGCUACACUCUGGAGGUGUCCUUCUACAGCUACAUGACAGCCGGCAGCAGCGCCCCUGUGCCCUACACUGAAGACACCUACAUGAGAUUGGGUAGAAACGUCGCUCGAACCUUUAUAGAUUACUACAAACUCAACAACCUCACUAAGGACAACAUCCCAACUCCCAUUCAAAAUCCUGAACCAAUCUCCCCAAAGGGCAACGUUGUCGGCCGGGAGUCCACUGACAGAGAGAGAGAGAAGACUUUCAAAAACUAGACAGACACAGACUGAGCUUGUAUCAAA